UCGUGAGGACGAUAGUUGGGUUACGUCAGUGGGUAACGUAGAUGUUGGUGAUGUUUGCCUGUGUUGAACUAAAAUGAUCAAGGAAUCUUGAUGGUCAGCAUGAGUUGGUGUUUGUUAGCGUUUCGCUUGUGAUGCAGCCAAGUGAGGAGGCAGCUUGUGGACUACGCAUAAUUAAGUGUAUUACAACGGGACAGAUUAAACAGAGCAAAUCAUGGAUGCGAUCGAAGAAACACCAGAUGAAGACGAAUCCCCCGAGGUACAAGGUGUACUGUGGACAUGCAAUAGUUCCCUGUCAUCCAUAUCCAUCGGCAAAUACACCGUGACAUCCCUUAGUUUCGGCAUUCACCACUGCCUUUUUCUUACUGAUAGUGGUGCAGUAUUUGCCUUCGGGAAAAACGAAUUUGGGCAGCUUGGUAGUGGGAACACUGUCGAAUAUUCAACAGUUCCAUACCACGUUACUGGAGUGAAGCACACUGCAAAGGACAUAGCGUGCGGUCCAAACCACAGCGCAGCUCUGACCAUUGAUGGCACUAUCUACAUGUGGGGUGAAAAUUACCAAGGACAAUGUGGGUUUUUUGACCACACUGUUCUUAGCCCAAGGAAAGUUGAGGUGGAGGAAGAACUUGGGAAGUGCAAAGAUUGUGGUUCCACAGUUGUUGCUCGUGCACUUUUCAUCAGUGUUUCAUGCGGAUUUAUUCAUACGCUGGCUUUAACAAAUAACCAUAAAGUAUUUGCUUGGGGCACUGGUCCCCAGCUUGGGCUCAAUGCAACUACGAGGAGUGUACCAAAGAGAAUAGACUCCCUGAAGGAGAGAAAGGUUUUGUCAGUGGCAUGUGGUUUAUCGCAUAGUUUGGCUGUGACGGAAAACAUCCCACCCAUUGCUAAUGACAGUCUUGUCACAUGCAGUAGUUGUGAGGUAAAAUCAGCCACCUGCCCUCUUGGUUUGCCUUGCAUAGUCCCAACACCUGUCUCUAUGCAAGAUGAAACAGGAACACUUCAACUAACAGAGGAAACGGUAGAUUGUGCAGUAACUAUCAUAGGAAAUCAGGGUUUGGUAGAAGAAUUCAACUUGCAAGGAACUUUGGCAGGUUCAACAAAUGUGUAUACAGACGAUUUAACCAGCGCUGACGUACAAGUGCAAGGCCUACCUUGUCAGAACGAUAGUGAUCACAAUGAAAAAGGCCAGAUGCUGCUUAUUUCUGAACCAUCUGUGAAUGCUGACAUCACAAAUAAUGCUAAAGAAACUGAUGUGUGCCCUGAAAAGGAUAAACAAGAAACAGAUGCUAGCAAGAGCCAAGAAGCUGUUCACGAUGAAUUUGAAGGGAUUGAGCUAAGAAGAGGGCAACUUCCCGUCGAGCGCUUGAGGUCAGCAUCUGUGCCUUCAAAGCGAACAUCAUCCAUCCUCAACCCUGAACACGCUAUGGAGUUCCUUGAUAGGCAGCUUGGUCACAAGCCACAUUCAAAAGCACGGCAAUCUCUGGCAGCGGACUCAGUCAGUGAACCUAGCCAGGGAAUUUCUUCAAGUACUUCAUCAAUUGCUGUAAAAAACAUGUUCUCCCGUGUCACUUCACUUUUUGUCGACCGGCUAAAUUUUGUCUCUUUUGCACCUCAGGUUAGUACAGCAGGAUCUCGCAGUGGCUCUGCUGAAUCAUUUGAGUUGGUAGAGCCUGAUCAUAUUUCGGACACUUGUCAUUCCGAAAAGAUGGAAGGCCAUUUAGAGCGACCGAAAAGUGUCUCACUAUCAUCAUACGACAGAGAAGUGCAAUUGCCCAAGCAGAACAUGAUCACUCAAGUUUGGAGCUGGGGAGAAGGAACUGAUGGUCAGCUUGGACACGGUGAUAACCUUGACAGAAUGCAGCCCUGCCUAAUGAAACACCUGAAUGACUUCGGCGUGUUGAAAGUGAGUGCUGGCCAUGGUUACUCUCUGGCUCUCACCCGCAGCUUCAGCGUGUUCAGUUGGGGCUUGAAUAAGCAUUCACAGCUUGGCCACAGUCCUACUGCCAAAUGCAUUUCCACUCCUAAACUGGUUGCUAUGCCCAGAAACGACCUGGUUUUUGACAUUGCAGCUGGUAUUAGCCAUUCUUUGUUUUUGGCUGAUGGUGGUGGAUCUUAUCCUGUGAUGUAUGGCUGUGGAGAGCAUCUGUGUAUGAACAGGCCAUACCGAUGUGAAGGAUCCAAGACAGUCGUUCCAGUGAUGGUGUUGAAAAAGGGUGGGCUUGUUACUGGUGUAUUUGCUGGUGGACAUUCAUCUGGCUGCCUGAUUAACCUGAAAGAGACAGAUGAAGUUCAAGCACUUUACGAGUUUGGUGCAUCAGAGCGACGUUGCCUUAGCAACCUCUGUGCAGUCCAGCACAAGGUUUUUCUCCAUCUUGUGAAAGACGGAAACAUAAUUUCAGACAUUCCAGAUUGUGCUUGCAAGCCUCUGAAGAGCAUUAUUAGUACCUCAGAAGUUCUUGUGUCACUUCUAUCUGCAAAUGCUUAUGACUUGACCUUGCUUCUGCAAAGCGGCCAUUUUUCUUGUGCCCUCUCAAUCAUGGAGAAGAAGGACACCUGGAUCGAUGCCUUUUGGUCUUAUACUAAGGCAGUCACAGAUUUUACGGCAGUUGGAGGAUUUGCAUCGCUGUCUAGAAUGCUGGUUGCUAAAUUCAAAGAACUGGAGACUCCUUUGUUUUCCCCAAAUGCCCUGAGCCAUAUUGCAAAGGAUAUUGUUGGUGACACAAGUCGGCUCAGCUCACAGUCUGUUUUGCAGCAGCUAUUCUGUCUUCCAUUGAAAAGAAUUGGCGAGUACACACGACUAUUCAGUAGACUGCUUGCGAGUGUGGAUCAACGUACACAGCUUUGGAGUAACCUGCAGUCUUGCUUAAAUGACUGGUUGGCUCUGUAUGAUAUCUCAACCAAAGAAAUGAAAUUGGCUGAGUCAACAAAAUCAUUUUGGGACACUGUAAACCAAAAACUUACUGCUGUAUACAGAGUGCCGGAGUGCCGAAUGUUACGUGACAGCAAAUCAUACCCAUUGCAGCUUGUCUCUGGUGGUCGCUUUGCAACACAUCAUUUUGUUCUGUUUCAUGACAAGUUCGUUCAUUCACAUUUCGGUGGCUUUCAGAACUACAGCUUAGAACUGGCCUGGGUGGAAGCAGACACAAAAUCUGAGAAUGUUUUUGCUAUCACUACACCUGAAGAAACACUUGCAUUCAGUUGCCGAGUACCUUCUCAAAAGACGGAAUGGGUCUGUUGCUUAAACCAAGCUAUUCGAAACUUGCUGAAUAGUGACAAACGAGAUAACCCUGUCCAGAGCUUGAAGAGUGGCCACUUGGACAAGAGACUCACUCCUCCCAUGAUACGUCAUGCCAGCUUUGUGUUCACCAAGUUGCCUGCCUACAAGGAUGCCACUUACAAGGGUUCUUGGCUGAAGGGACAAUUACAUGGGUUUGGAAAACUGUCAUGGCCUGAUGGUCGCAAGUACACGGGCCGGUUCAAGAAUAACUUGCAACAUGGUGAAGGUGAAUACAUUGUUCCUGGAAAUGGAGGAGACACAGUGUUUCGGGGCACUUGGAAGAACGGAAAGCUUCAUGGGCUUGGUAGUGCCAGGUACCCCAAUGGUAACUUCUAUGAGGGAUUCUUCAAAGAUGGUUUGAGAGAUGGCCAUGGAAUUCUCAAGGAAGGCAGAUUUCUGUCUUCUUCAAGCAUAUACAUUGGCCAGUGGCUGCAGGACAAGCGCCAUGGCUAUGGAGUGCUUGACAACGAAAAAGAAGGUGAGAAAUACAUGGGCAUGUGGCAGGAUGAUUGUCGCCAUGGCAAUGGAAUCAUGGUCACGCUUGAUGACAUCUAUUAUGAGGGCAACUUUGUGAACAACAACCUCAGUGGUUAUGGCACUAUGAUGUUUCAAGACAAUACUGUCUUCAAAGGAGAACUUGGUGCUGGCGGCUCGUUGAAUGGGAAAGGUGUCCUGAGUUUGUCAAAUGGAGACAGUAUCCAGGGCAGCUUUUGUGGCGUAUGGAGUGAAGGCAUCAAGGUAUCGGGUGUAUAUCAAAAAGCAGUUGCUGACGAGCAGUGCACUUCUGAUGUUGAUUCACUUAUUAGUCGGGACAAAAAAGCAUCCUUUUCGAUGAGUGUGCCAGCGUCUGACAAGUGGAGGGACAUCUUUGACCAUUGCCGAGACAUGCUUGGAAUUUUGGGAGUCUCUGACGCUCAAGACAACAAGCACGCAUGGGAUGCCAUUGCUAUUGCCAUCAGCAACAGAAAAAGGCAGAGCCAUGUGGAAAAGCAAGGGAAAUCCUGCUGCAAAGAAAACCUAGACUACCUUGAGCGUAUCCCUCAAACCAGUAAGAAGCAUGGGUCAUUGACACUAGAUCGUUAUGUUGAGAUCAAGGACUAUCUGACCAGUGCAUUUGACUGUGUUCAUCAUCCUUUGGGCUAUCUUUUAGAUGGCUUGGUAGGUGUGUUCAGGCUGACGUACUGUGGCAUUGGCGUCCAUCCCCGACUUCUAGUGCAUGCUGUGGAAGAAGUCAGAUCAUUCUGCCAGAGGCUGUAUGAGUUGGUCAGAAUUCUUUUUCCUGACUUGCCUCAAGCAGAUAAGCCUCUGGUUCUGACCACUUUAGGGAAUUUGGACUGUCCAGAUGACUUCCUUGAUGGUGCUGGAGAGUGCAUCACGCCGAACACCCUCAUUCAGCCAGUACUUCUGCCUCGACUUUAUCCGUCACUUUCAACACUCUAUGCUCUGAACAAUGAACAAGAAGAUCGGCACUACUGGGAACGCCUCCUCAAAUGGAACAAACAGUCUGACUUGGCCUUAAUGACCUUCCUUGGGGUGGAUGAAAAAUUUAUGAGCUCGAAGUUUCAUGAUAACAUUUUCACAAUGGAAAGGAAUCUUCAGCGUAUGUCAAGCAUCAAAGAUGAAUGCUUCACAAAUGCUAUUGAAGCACUGCAGCACAUCAGCACUGCAUUUACAGCAUUUGAUAAGCUUCAGGCAAUUCGACAGACAUUUGAAGAGAUCAACAAGGAAGUUCAGAAAGGCCUGGGUGACUUUCUUUGGAACAUGGAUGACCUAUUUCCAGUCUUUCAGUAUGUGGUUGUGCGUGCACGAAUUCGCAAUCUUGGCUCAGAAAUUAAUUUUGUGGAUGAUCUCAUGGAGCGCCACUUUCUGAAUGGCGAGCUUGGCAUAAUGUUCACCACUGUCAAGGCAUGCUAUUUUCAGAUACGUACGGAGAAAGUGAUUCAAGCCUAGAAUCGCCGUGCCGUGCCUCAAUCUUCUGCCGAACUGCAGUGCUUCUCUUUCUUUUUUUUUUUGGCUGCUACUUUUUAUAAAGAUGUAUUCAUGGUAUAUGUUAGACAGUGGCAAUGUUUACUUGUGUAAACUGCCUUUUCUUGCAGUUAUGCUCUUUUUAUGUAUAAAUAUGAAAAUUCGUGUUGCUCUAGGUUGCAUAUUUGCCACCACACUGGUGUUGCAGAUAUGUAAUUCUGCAUUGGCUGCUAUACUAUAAAUAGGUACAGUGUGUUUUUUACUGGUAUUUUUGUCUGUUGUAUUAAUGGCUGUAAUUUGUUGAUGUUUACUAUGUUUUGUUACAUAUCCUGGCCAGCAGUUCCAGUUACAUUGCCGUAGUAUAUUUUCCUAAAUAGGGCAGGUUAUUGCAUUUGAGAUUAUUUAGUUGUCCAAAGGAGCUGUUAAUAUUGCUGCAUUUAAUACAUCUCUGUACCUGGAAAUGAUCACACUUUUUUUUUUAGUAUAUCCUUACGAUAAUAUCAAGAAGGUUGAAGAGCUUUGUGAGAUAAAGUUGUUCUGAAUGCUUCCCACAGGGAAAGCAUGCCGGCACUUUUGAACAUUGCUGAUGUUGUUACUUAUAUUUGGUGUGUGUGUGUUUAUAAGCUAGUCAUUGAUAUGCUAUUUCUCGACGUGGAGUUCAGUGGUAAUGGCACUUGGGAGCCGCAGUUGUCAAAAUUAUAAUGGCAAAUUUCAAGUUUCAAUUAUGAGCUGUAGUCUCGUGCAUUUUGAAGUAACUUAAGAGUGCCUUAAAGUAUAUGAUUUCAUGAUAGUUGCUUACAUGUGACUUUUCAUUUAUGGGACAGUAAGGAGUUGUAAAAAAUAUGCUUUGGACAAGGUUGUAGUUGUCUAAAACAGCUUCACACCAUUCAAAGCUCUUUUGAAGAGGCUUCCAUGUUGUUCUUGGUGUUACUUAGUAUAUUGCAUUUACAAAGCCUGUGUUGGCAGUUUGGUUCCAGAAAUUAUUGGUAUUAAAUGUAAUUUUACAAAUGCCUAAAUUAUAGUUGUGAAAAAAAUACAGCCUUUGUAUGAAAAUUUCAAGCAUUAUAUCCACCUUAUUUUUUGUACUGAGUUUACACUUUGUCAUCUUACUGUGGGGGAUAGUAUAUCAAUAUGAUUCAUUCAUUUGAGUCAAUAAAGAGCUCUAUUACCGAAUACAUUCCAAUUUUAAUGCAUUAAACCCUGAAAAUCUUCUGUGCCAACAGGGUUUCGGAAUGGUUAUAAUAGGAUUAAUUCAUUUCUUCAGUAUUAUGCUUUAAGCAGAUUUGACUGGAGCGGGUGUUACUUCGAACAUUGGUGAAACUUUGGUCGUGGUCACUUUGUUGCACUCUUUUCACCUUUAGUACCUACUUAUUUUUCCGGGCAUGAAAAAUGCUGCAGCUGUAUGUAGGAUUGCUGGUCAUACACUGUCGUAUAUUUUUUUGAUGACGGCAUAUAAAGUUUUGUUUUUUUUAUGUUGUGAGCAGCUGUAAAGUAAAUCCGACCAAUGAAUUCAGACUAUUGGUUGUUCUUUCUGAAGAAUGAGCAGCAUAUGUCUGGUACUGUGUUUUGCCCAGCUCUCUAUUUUGAAGCUCUUUUCUAGUUGAUGUGCUUUACAGUUACCAGUGCUCUUCAAUUUUUAUAUAGCUUUCAAUAAUAGUUGGGUUUUGACGUGAAGAAGGAAAUAAAAGUAAUCUGGCUCUUGCAAACAUUGGGAACAAAUGGCUACCUUAUUGUUUGUUUCAGUAAAACAAAUGUAUAAUACAUAAUGCUGCAGUGCUCAUUUUAUAUGUGUAGCAUGUUCCUUUGAGAAGUCUAUGGUUACCAAUAAGUACUUUUAUAGGUAUACUUAAUAAGAUGACAUCCUAGGAAAUUUUAAAGCAUCUUGCCUGUGUGCCUGAUAAAUAUGCUUGAGUGUUACCUCGACUGCAAUUUACUACAGCAGUUAGAAUCUUUUCUCCUAUAUAUUGUUAAGGUUCAAGUGUUCAGUUUUACUGCAAAUUUUUGCUCAAAUUUUAAUAAAAUCCAGUGUGCAAAUUGUGCGA